GUUAUAUCGGCAAUUUAGUAAAGGUUUUUUGUCGAGCAGUUAAAUUGUGCAGUUUUUUAAUGUGAUUUGUGUACGAGGUUUAUUAUUUUUUUUUUUAUUAACGUGAAGUUACAUUUGAUCUGGUUGUAUCGUGUUUUCUUUGCGAUGAGAAAUUAUCAUUAAAUCACGUUUUCAGUAUUGCAUGUUGUAUAGUGUAUUGUUAGAUGUACCAGAGUGAAAUGUUAUUUUCAUUGCUCUUUUUAUAAAGUACUUUCAUUGCACAGCUGAAAUAAGAAAAUAAUUAUUCUCUAUUUCAUUUGUAGAACAGCGUUAACUGGAUAAUAAUAGAGUCUAAAAAGUGAUGAAGGCAGUAAUGGUGAUGAUGGCAACGACUUGCAAGUUAUAGCAGACGACACAGCUCCAGCAGCAUUAAAUGAUUGAGGCCUGUGAAGUAGCUGUAGACAACAAUACAAGCAAGUGAGACUCAAAACACAGGGAAGCAGCAAUGAAGGUAUCUUAUUAGGUUUUCUUUAUGUGGGAAAGCGUCAGUCAGUGCAAAUGGAAUCAACAGAAGAAUACUAUGAGUUAUAUUAGCAAACUACUUUUGUAUGUUACUGUGAGCAUUUUAGUUGUGGCUUUAUAUAUGAAGAAUAGAGCUUUCACUAAAAAUGAUUCAGCUGAAAUGGUUUGUUCUGUAGAUUUUAUCAGGAAUGUAUCAGUCUGCAGACCUGUCUGUCCACGUGGAUAUUUUGCAUUACCAGGAAUGGUAACAUGUCAUCCAUGGCUGAAUUGUGGUACAAAAAUAAUUCCUUUAUUAACACUUUCUGUUAGUGUAGUAAAAACGAUUUACUUAGCAAGGUGGAAACAGCAUACAGUGGUUCUUUCAGUACUCUCCUCCAAAGAAUUUGAAGAUGAUUUUAUGCAAAACAUUUACAUGCUUAGAAAUCUGGCUUCUCAUAGUCACAUAGUACAGUUAUUAGGUUAUUGUAAUAAUAACUCUAUUUUGACUGAAUAUCAUGACCUGGGAAGUGCUUUAAAUACUAACUAUCAUUUAAUGCACACAUUAAAAUCAUAUGAUACAGUUAAAGUGCGUUUAAAUUUUUGUAUUAGUUAUGUAACCAUAAUUCAAUUUCUUCAUACAAGUCCUCUUGGGAUACGUGUUAUGUGUGACUCUAACACGCUGGAAAAAACUCUGUCUCAGUAUUUGCUCACUAGUGACCUUAAGCUAGUCAUCAAUGAUUUAGAUGCUACACCAGUUGUUAAUAACAUAACAGGAAGAGGUGUACAUUGCGGCAACAGACCUCUGUCUGGAUCGUUUGUUGCUCCUGAGCAGUUAUGGCCUUAUGCUAGUGAAGAAUAUGAUUCUCAAAAAUUGCCAUUAUAUGAUGAAAAAACAGAUAUAUAUAAAAUUCCUGAUGUUUGUAACUGGUUUUUAGGAAACAGUUCAGAUGCUGAUUUAGUGAAAUACAAGUUGUUCAAUAUUCAUAAAAUGUGUAAAGAUUUUAAUCCAGCUUCAAGGCCUACAGCAGGUGAAAUUUUAAAAGCCUAUCAGGAAGUUUUAAGGAAAAUAUAAAAUUUAGACUGUUAGAUUUCACUAUAUGUGGUAUCUUAAUAUUUAUAGGUAUGAUGCUUUUAUUUUGGGAGGGGGAUUAAAGUGUGUGGAAGUUGCGAACUGUCCAUUAGAACAUUUUACAAUUUUUAAAUGGAAGUAAGCUGAUAGUAUUGGCCAGAGCCAUGCUAACAGGAACAAUACCUGAGGCCAGUUUCAGAAUUCUGCCUUCUAAAUAUUUUCAUUAUUUUUCACAUUAAUAUUUACUUUAUAAUUCUGAGUUAUUACAGAAGAGGUAUACAAUUUUCCAUAACUUAUUUUUAAAAACAUACUGAAAGAUACCAUGAUGAAAUUUUAAAAAGUAUGUGCAUGCAGAUAUGAAGUUUUCCCCCUAUUAUGAUAGAUUAUUCAAAUAUGGCAAAACACGCAGGGGGCUAUCUGCUUAAGGAAACAUAUGCCUUUGUGGAAAAACCUUCUAAGGCAGGGAUGGACAAAAACCACAGGCCAAAGAAGUCUGUUUAUGUGCAUCAUAUGACUGGGCUGUGAAACUUUUUUUAUGGUGCCUCCCUUGUUUGCAAAAUAUGAUGGUGAGGAAGAAGAACAUCCCUUUCCAGUAGAAAUUUUUAAAUAUAGAAUUAUGAGUAUGCCAAAAACAGGAGCUGUUCUCAUUAUUUAUCAAAUGAUUCAUAUGUAUACUUUUUCAUUUUUAAAUUAAGAAUGAAAUAUUUUUUUCCUAAGCUAAUUUUUCUGAUCAGUUUUUUAUCUCAACAUUCAUAUUUGUAUAAUUUCUAAAUUAAAGCUGCUCGAAAUGAUAGCACUAUAUUCUUCAGUGAUUGCACAUGUGUACCUAUUGUUAUCAUCUAAAGCUGCUCGCAUAUAUAGUCAUGUGACUCUUCUUUUUUUCUCAUCAAGAACUUUGUAGCUGAAGGAAAGAUGACCAAUCUAAGCAGCAUCCAUGUGAUUCAGGAUUUGGGUGAUGACCACCAGAAAUGCUUCUUUUGCUUGCAUUAGAUGGAUCAAUCGGUAUAUAUUUUCUUGUAUAUAUUUUCACCAUCUAUAUUUACUCAAGUGUUUUUGCCUUUAGGCAAAUUGGUUUUCUACUUCAGAGUAUUUUAUUUGUAUUGUUUUUAAUGUAGCAAAAUGUUCACAUGUAUUGUUGAUGUGGUAGUUUGCCAUUUUCUUCUGAGUUAUUUAAACACACUAGAAUCACCUAUGUCAAUGCACAAAGUGCUAGGAGGAAGCUUCAUAUGUGUAUGCACAUACUCUACAAAUUUCAUUGAGAUGUCUUUCAUAGCGCUAUAUUUUAUAUAAAUUACCGAAACUAUACUCUUCCUUCCCUCUCUCAAUCCUUCUCUAAUUUUUUGCCGUUAUGGCUCUCAUGUUAAUGUCUCAUUCAAAACAUUUGUAGACUGUGAAUGAGCAUCCAAAUAUGAUCUAUUAGAGAAAACAAAUUUUGGUAAGUUUUAUUCUAUAAUUAUACAAUGAUUUUAUGAAUGGUUUUUAUUUGUGAGCAUAUAAUGUUUCUAGAAGUUGAUUUUGGCUUAUAAAGAAUUGUUACAAAGUAAUUUUUAUUAUACCUCUGAGUAAAUUGCCCCUUUUGUCAGUGAAGGCAAAAAAGUAUCCUUUCAAAACACUAUAAGAGGCAAAGAUAAAUAUUUUAUCAAUUAAUUUAUGUAUUGAAUACAAAUUUAAUGUGCAUUUUUUUACUUUGGAAAAUAAAAUUUAUAUUGAUUUUCA